CGCAAUAAAAAUUAUAUGAACACCGUUAUGAGACUUCCGCAUAUCGCGGAUUUCCGAGUCAUCGCACAUAAGUAAUAAUAUCUUAUUGUUAAUGAUAUUAAAUCCAUAUUCAUAUUUUGUAGUUACUUCGUUUAAAAUAACUUAACAUUUAAGUGUUGACGUGUUGACUAUCUCGUUACGAGAAGUAAAUUUCUGCCCGAUUGAAGCGUAUCAUCCCUUAUCUCCUAAAGUUGUCUCAUCACAGUGGAUUAAACGCACGCGUAUAUUGUAUCUAUUUUCCCUGAUUUGUCCUCUGCGUUCAUCGCGAACUAGACGUUACACUCCCGCGUGGGUGUUAUUAUGUCGACCCUUCCGUAAUUUACAUGCGCUCUGUUCUAGACGACUCGCAAAAUGGUCUGCUUCCUGCGCUCUCGGCACCCGCAAUCACGACAAAGUCUAUCCGCAGUAAUGCACACGCUGGAACGUCCACCGUGUAUUACACUCCGCAGAAAUAUAGGCAAGAUAGAGAUCACGAUAUAUUGUUCUUCCAACUCUCAAUAAAUUUCGUAGACAUAGAACAAAAUCGACAGUCACAUGGAAAUCAAAGUGGAACCGACCCUUCAGUGUUACGUCGAGGAGGAGCACGAGAACAGCUUUUCGAAUUUGGAAAAUGCCAGCACGAUUCCGUCGAGUGUCGACGUGGGCGCGUUGAAUUUGUGGACCAGCAAGGCCACCACCUGCCUGAUCAGCCAGUACAAGAAGUAUCGAUCGUUGGUCGGACAAUCGACGCAGAUCAGGAGUCUACGAGAGAUGUUCGAGAUGAUAUCGCUGGAGAUGCAGAAUUACGGAUUCUACUUUAGUCCGCAGAAAUGUGAGAAUAAAUGGCGGGUUCUCGAGCGCAAGUAUAAAAACCUCGUGUUCCGCGAACGGCUGAAAAAACCGGGCAGGAUGCGACAUUACGGACAGUGGGAACACAAACGCGCCUUGGACGAGAUCUUCAAUGAGAAGAGGCAUGUAUAUCUAGAGGCGAACGAGUUGCAGCCGUCAAGCGGAUCAACUAAUCUCUUGAUUCAUCCAAAACCAGGUUGCGAUCAAGGCAGCGACUCGCUUGACGAUCGACAACGCGAAGAUCCUUUAGCUCCCAUGACCAAUGAGAAAGACGGUGAAACAUUGGAACGUAAAGAAAUUUUGACGUCAUUAUUCGAAAAAUUUAUAGAGGAAAUGGCAAAGAAUUUUGCAUUGGCUGAAAAGAAUAAAGAGAGGCGGCACAAAGAGAAAAUGGCUGUAAGACAUAAGGAAUUGGAACUCAAGAAGCAGCUUCUCAAGCUAAAAGAACAGAAGAUGGAAUUACAAAGAUGCCAAAUGAUUGCUGCCGCACAGAAUUUGCGUUUGAAUAUAAAAUGAUAUGCGUCGCUUGAUUGCAAAUAUAUAAUAAUUUAUAUCUACAUUGUUUUAAAAAAGGCAACAAAUUUCAUGUAAUG